AGCGAGCUGAGCCCGGCAGUUGAGGGCGAGUGGUGACGUUUGUCUGGUCGGUGGGCGGCGGUUGCCAGCGGCGUCUCGCAGUUGCCGGUGACGGCUACGGAGCACUGCGCCGCUUUGUUGUGGUGGGCUGGGCUCCAGCCGCGGGCCCCGCGCCCCGCUCCUGAUUCUUCUGAGUUGUACUUGAAGCUGCCAAAAUGGUUCUAGCAGAUCUUGGAAGAAAAAUAACUUCAGCAUUACGCUCGCUGAGCAAUGCUACGAUUAUCAAUGAAGAGGUUUUAAAUGCUAUGUUAAAAGAAGUAUGUACAGCAUUACUGGAAGCUGAUGUUAACAUUAAACUUGUGAAGCAGCUCAGAGAAAAUGUCAAGUCUGCAAUCGAUCUUGAAGAAAUGGCAUCUGGCCUUAACAAAAGAAAAAUGAUUCAGCAUGCUGUCUUUAAAGAACUUGUUAAGCUUGUAGAUCCUGGAGUUAAAGCGUGGACGCCUACUAAAGGAAAGCAGAAUAUUAUAAUGUUUGUUGGCUUGCAGGGAAGUGGUAAAACAACAACUUGUUCAAAGUUAGCCUACUUCUAUCAAAGGAAAGGUUGGAAGACAUGCUUAAUAUGUGCAGACACAUACAGAGCAGGUGCUUUUGACCAGUUAAAGCAAAACGCCACAAAAGCAAGAAUUCCCUUUUAUGGGAGUUACACAGAAAUGGAUCCUGUAAUUAUUGCCUCAGAAGGUGUUGAGAAAUUUAAGAAUGAAAACUUUGAAAUAAUAAUUGUUGACACAAGUGGACGUCACAAACAGGAAGAUUCUCUGUUUGAAGAAAUGUUACAAGUUGCUAAUGCCAUACAACCAGACAACAUUGUUUAUGUGAUGGAUGCUUCCAUUGGUCAAGCUUGUGAAGCUCAAGCUAAAGCUUUCAAAGACAAAGUAGAUGUAGCUUCUGUUAUUGUCACUAAGCUUGAUGGACACGCCAAAGGAGGUGGUGCUCUUAGUGCAGUUGCUGCCACAAAGAGCCCUAUUAUUUUUAUUGGAACUGGUGAACACAUAGAUGACUUCGAACCCUUUAAAACACAGCCUUUCAUCAGCAAGCUUCUUGGUAUGGGUGAUAUUGAAGGAUUGAUAGAUAAAGUAAAUGAGUUGAAACUGGAUGAUAAUGAAGCACUCAUAGAAAAGCUCAAACAUGGUCAAUUUACAUUAAGAGAUAUGUAUGAACAAUUCCAAAACAUCAUGAAAAUGGGACCGUUCAGUCAGAUCUUGGGUAUGAUCCCUGGGUUUGGAACUGACUUCAUGAGUAAAGGCAAUGAACAGGAAUCAAUGGCAAGGCUAAAGAAACUGAUGACUAUAAUGGACAGUAUGAAUGACCAGGAGCUUGACAGUACAGAUGGUGCCAAAGUAUUCAGUAAGCAGCCAGGAAGAAUCCAAAGAGUGGCAAGAGGUUCAGGUGUUUCUACCAGAGAUGUUCAGGAGCUUUUGACCCAAUACACUAAGUUUGCACAAAUGGUGAAAAAGAUGGGAGGCAUCAAAGGGCUUUUCAAAGGUGGUGAUAUGUCAAAGAAUGUAAACCCAUCACAGUUGGCCAAACUGAACCAGCAGAUGGCAAAGAUGAUGGAUCCAAGAGUUCUUCAUCAUAUGGUGUGUGAUUUCCUUGGGGAAAAGAUCGCAUCUGUUCUGGGCAUAAGCACACCAAAAUACCAAUAUGCCAUUGAUGAGUACUACAGAAUGAAGAGAGAGGAGGAAGAAGAGGAACAAGAAAACAAGAUGUCAGAAGAAGCAGAAAGACAGCAUCAAGAACAGCAAAACAAGCCACAAGUUGAAGCUCCUGUCCAGACGGACCAGCCUGAAGCAACAGCAUGUACUUCAUUUGUGAAUGUAAACUUUGAAAAUGAGGCAGAUUUGCAGUCUGUUGGGGAAAACAAGCAAGAUGUAGUUCCUGUCCCUCCUUAAGUGUAAAGCUCUGUUUAAUGUAGAAAAUACGAAGUGUCAGGUGUCACAAUCUGGCUGUAAGGAGCAGGAAAAAUAGGAUUAUACUUGUUCAGUGAAAUACAAUUUCUGCUAUUCUUAUUGAUCAGGAGAGAGCUCAGCAAUGUCUGUUCAGUCAGGUUGUCUGCCUAAUAAAGGCUGAGGCCUUCUGCCAAAUGGGCACUUCAGUGAAAAUGAAAAUUGCACUACAAACAUUUGGUCUGCAAUUGAAUGUGUGAGCUAAUUUCUGUGUGAAGCCAGUAAAACCGUCUUUUGUUUGAAUGGCCGUGUCUAACACCUGUGGAUUGCAGAUGCAGUGCUCUUUCCUACUUCUGAACACCUCUUUCUGAUUUGCACAUUGUUUGCAACUUGGCUCUCUAUGAAUAGAUUAAUAGGGAUCAAUAUCCUGUAACUGACAAGUCGUCGUAAUAGCAUCUGAUUUCCCCUAUUUAUUGUCACUGUUGUACGCAUGUAUUUUGUUUUGCUGUUAACACAAGAUACAAUGUUGGAUUUAAUGUUUGUUAGACUUAAGGCUCCACUGACUUUGUUAUAAACAAAAAGGAGGCUGUAAACACCCUUAAGAACUUAUUAACAAGUACCACCAGCACUCCUGGAGGUUGAUAGUGCUCAGCUGCUUCCCUCAGUGCUGUAGCAAAGUACAGAACUAGCAUCAGUGUAAGAUGUUCUCAGUUCCAGUCUGUAAAUUGAGACCCACUACAGUCUAGCUCAGUUAUACCAAAUGCACUGCACACUGUGUAUGGUACCAGUCUAGAGCUAUGAAAACCUUCUGGGGCACUGAUUACCUGGGGCAAUGUACUUAUUAAUCUCAACAGACUAUUUGUUUAAUGUUAAAUUACUAGUAAGGGAUGUGCCAUUGCAGAUGUUUCUCUCCCUCUGUAGCACAGAACAGAUAAGAAGCAAUCACAAUACCAAGCUUAGGAUUUGCCCUUUUUCUUAAAUAAGCAAACCAUUUUGUUGCAAUACUACAACUGCAGCAAUUUUUGGCUAAGUGAAAUGCAGGUAGCUCCAGAGCUUUAAAGAAGCCCAUGGUAAGACUACUGCAGUGACUGUUCUGCCUGUAACUUGUGAGAGUGGUUUACUCUGUGACAAUCAGAUGUCAGUGCCACAGUCACUUGCUGCAGAACUUCACUGUAGCUAAAGAGGCAGAGAAUCUGCAGCAGUUGCCACACAAAAUACUGCUUCUGUCUGAGAUUUCUGAAAACCAGGAAUUUAAAAGUAGUCUUCAGUGACAUUCUGUGGUGGGUGCUAUCACACAUCCCUGACCUUGGUCCCUCUACAGCUAAGGGGUCUGCUGUACCAUUAGAGUCCAAGUAACUUGGCUUUUCGUUUCCAGAGUUACCUAUUUCAGGCAACCCUUCGCAUAAACUAGCAUCCUCUAGAGCACAAAUUCCUUCCUUUCUCAUCUGCCCUUUGCCUUGUAGCACUACAGAAAAUCUUCUAAGGAUUCAGGCAUCAGCUCUACUCCAUCUGUUUUGACUCUGUUCUUUGCCUCUCUGAAUUGUAAGACAUUGGGUGGUGACAGCUGUGUAAAAUCAUUCCUUAAACACUGAACAUCUGCAAGGGAAAACUUGGUUCAACACCCAGGGGAUACACAGUAUAACAGCUUGUUGGGAGUUCUUACACUGUCGCAGCCAGAAAGCCUCAUAUAGCUUGAGAGUAAAACCUUUGGCAGCAAAGCAUCCUUCAGCUGUAAGAAAUUGAUGUCAGUUACAUUGCCUUUUUUUUCCCCAUCCUCUCCCUCAUGUGUUGCAUAAGCAAUGCUCUCACUUCUUUGUAUAGAAUACUGUAUUACUUACUCACUGUGCCUUAACUUAAUCCUUCCUUCAAUUCUUUGCAAACUGUAUGAAAGUGAUUGCUUUCACAACAGUUUAGUUGUUCUGUAAAUGCAUUAAUGGGUUAUUUUAUAUUUAAUAUAAUUUUUGAACUGGAA